AUGCUUGAGGGCGAGGGUGAUGGACCGGGCCUUAAACAGCUUGUUGAACAGGUCGUCCGCACUACCGGUAUCAAUGAAGUUGCUGACACAGAAACAAUGCGUGUUGUGAAAGGUGAAACAUCCUCUCGUACGUCGUACACACGUUCCGCGAAAGGCAAUGUUUCCAUUCAUGAGACAUCGCCGGAUGGCAAGUUUAUUGUGUUGGAGAAUACUCAUCGCUCGAAAGAGGAGCCAAUCGGUGAAUGGAAGCUGAAACGAAAGAUUGACGGGAAACGUGAAAUUAUUUACACGCUCCCACGAGAUUUCAUUUUGAAACCGAGCAAGAGUGUUAAGGUCAGUAAAAUAAUCAUCAUUUCGAGGAUCGAGUUUUGGAGUAUGCCGACGCUGCUUCUCCAUUUUCUAUCAUUUCGAUGA